AUGGGUAAGUAUCACUUGUUGCAAUACUGUACUUUCUUUAAACGGUUAAUACAAAUUUGCUGGUUAUAAUAAACUACCAUGUAAGGCUUGUGAUUUUAAGCUACUACUGACGUCCCCAGUUUUAAUAAUACUCUAAACUGAGAAAGUAUUUGGGUGACUUUUUAUUUUCCUGCUCUAAGGAAUGCAAGCUUUCUUGAGGAGCAAGGAUGAACCCUAAGAAACACAAACACCAGCCCUCCUUCAUGUAGGCUGGGGGAGCCCACAGUGGGGAAAGAGCGAGGGAGCAAAAAGUGGAAGGAGGGGCACAAAUAAAAACGGAGGGAGGAAAGGAGGAGGGGAAAUCCUCUGCAAGUAAUCAGCUCAGACUUGUGGCAAGGGAGAAAAUGAGAUGGAGGGAUUAGGGCAAAAACAAACACACAACACUCUAUAACGCUGCAAACUCUCCACCAGUGGCUUUGGUGCCACUCACCAUCACAAAGAUGACCUCUGUGGGAAUGUGGCCGUGACAGAGAAAAAAAUGAUUCUCUAGUCUUGCAUUCAAGGAGAGGACUCCUAUGCCAUUAACAUUUUUGAAAGUUUAGAAGCAGGAACACAAGUUACCGGUAGUCUGAGUUGUCUUUUUUGAAAAAAAAAGGAAGAAUUGAUCCCUCCUGGAAAGUUAUGAAGCAAAUUCUGCAGGCACCCUUCUAAGCAAUUUAUGUGAGAUGAGCCAACCUGGCUGCUCCCAUCUUUCAGUAUUUUAGACAAUAAGUGAAGUCAGAGAGGUUAUUAAGGAGUUUGAACGCCAGAUGAUAGAAAUCCCUGGGUCCUUAGAAUCCACUCUUUUCACUUUGUCCUCAAUGCACUUUUCCUGCUUCUGUCUCAUUUUGUACUCCUUGAAAUUUCUAUAGUUUGCACUUCCUUUUUUGCCUAGGAACUAGAGAUGCACGUUUCCUGGUGAUGGGUUAAUUUUAGUACAGUACUCUAGAAGUUAUUUUCUGCAAAUCCUGCCACACAAUAAGUGCAGGUGGAUGCUAUAGAAUCCCACCCACUGCAAAAUAACAAAUAGGAAAACUUUGCAAAGCUUAGGCACAUUUAAAGCUAAAGACCAGACAUGCAUCAAGAAUUCACUAUUGCAGCUGAAUUUUAUACAUGUCUACUGAUGAGUCUUUGCUGUUUAAUAGGGUUUAUUCCCAGGUAAGAGAGUACAGGGUCGCAGUGUAAGUUUAGGGUUGGCAUUGGGGAAAAGCAGGGUUCUUGUGCCUUUAAGAGCUGAAUGGCAGCUAAAAAUUCAACAGGUUAAGCAUUUUCUAGUAUGGACAUACAAUUGGGGAAAGCUUCACCUGCUGACAUUCUGUCUGUCAGAUAUUUUGUUAUGUGUGUGGCAGAAGAUUUAUUUUUGGACCCUCCAAUCCACCUGCAAAAGAGGUUACAAAUUUGCAUAUUACAUAAAGCAUCUGUAAAUGUUAUGCAAAUCUCUCUCCUCUUUUGCAAGUGGGACAGAGGGCCUAAACUACACACAGUGGACUGGGUACAGAAAAUUCUGUUGGAACCCCUGUGCUCCAUUGCUUCAAGGGUGAAAGAGGCUACAUCUAUUUACAUCCAUGCUGUCACACAACUGUUAAAGGUACAUGAAUCCUAAGAUGAAUUGUGCCUAGUCACUUUCCAUCAGUACAGCACUGUCAUGCUCAGAAUAAUUCUGCGUGUGCUGUUGUUCAGGAUUUUUGCUGGCACUCUCCUCCCUUCCCGUAAAUUAACUGCUGCUUCUUGGCAGCUUUACAGACAGAUUGGCAGCUGCAAAGCUCUAGCUUCUUUCAACAAAACUCUGGGAACAUGAAAACAGGAGUAAUUCUGAUCCCAUCAUUUUACAUGUGGACAAGUAGGGUAAAUUAUUGAAAGCUGGCCCACCAGCCUUUGGGCAUAAGUCCUCCAGAUAAAGUUUGAUAGUGAAUAAAGAGACACAACAAUAUUUCCCCUGAUCCUUGGAUAAACGACAACAUAUCUUUCUUAAAAUUCAUGGGACUUCUUUAUUACUGAUUUUAGAAUAACACUGGUGGCACUACAUUUUAAAAAUCUACAGUUUCUGCUGAAUUCAUAAAAUAACCCACUGUUCUACAUUUUACAUUAAAAAACACUAUAAAUGUUUUAGAAAUAUUUUUAUUAGAAUAUUUUCGUAGAAUAGUUAUUAUUUAAUCAGAUUUUCCAUAUGUUUGUUCCAUUUGUUCAACUUUUUAUUUUGCAUUAUACAUCUAAGACUGAAACCCUUUCUAUGUCCAGGGCAGCUGUCUACCAGCUCCAUCUGGUAUGCAGGCUAAGACCCUAUCUGCCCACAGACUGUCUCACCAGAGUGGUGCAUGCUCUAGUUAUCUCCCACUUGGACUACUGCAAUGCGCUCUACGUGGGGCUGCCUUUGAAGGUGACUCAGAAACUACAACUAAUCCAGAAAUGCAGCAGCUAGACCGGUGACUGGGAGUGGCCACCAAGACCAUAUAACACCAGUCCUAAAGGAUCUUCAGUGGCUCCCACUAUGUUUCUGAGCACAAUUCAAAGUGUUGGUGCUGACCUUUAAAGCCCUAAACAGUCUCGGCCCAGACACUGAGGUCCUCCUCCGAGGGUCUUCUGCUGCGAAAAGUGAACCAUUAGACAGAGGGCCUUCUCAGUAGUGGUGCCCUCCCUGUGAAACAUCCUCCCUUCAGAUGUCAAGAAGAUAAAGAAUUACACAACUUUUAGAAGACAUCUAAAGGCAGCCCUGUAUCAGGAGGCUUUUUAUGCUUGAUGUUUUUAUUAUGUUUUUAGAUAUGCUAUAAGCUGCCCAGAGUGGCUGGGGGAACCCAGCCAGAUUGGCAGGGUAUAAAUAAUAAAAUUAGUAGUAGUAGUAGCAGCAGCAGCAGUAGUAUAUUGUAAACCACUCUGUAAACUGCAUUGUAGAUCACUUACUAAUUCAGGGAUAGAUCAGUUCAGUGUUCUUCCAUUGUAACAUCAGUUCUAGACUACAGCUCAAAUUUAUUUUCAGGAUUCCAAAAACAAACAAACAAAUCCUGAGACAGUAAUAAUAGUUUAGGGGUUUGGGCAGGGGGUAUUUUCCAUCCCUUCCCCUCCCUUUGAGGCCUCAUUUGCUAACCUCAUCUUCUAGCUGAUAGAAAUAUGACAAUCUAGAUUAGUCAUUCAUCUCUGAAAACAAUUCUGUGCUAAGAUUAGGCUUUCAAUACAUACUGAUCAACCACUGAGAGCAAUGUGCUAAUUCAUCUUCCAUUUUAGCCACCCAAAGGCUAACAAUUCUUUCCUGAAUGUAAAUUAUAUUUCUUUCAAGCCAAUAACCUCUGUGACAUUUCAGCAGACCAUUAGUAAGUAAGGACCUUCAAUGGAACCUGCUCUGCGAUGCUUCAAGAAGCGCAAGAAUCAAUCAGCCAAAAGCUCUGUUAACAUUAUUUGGGUCUGAUAAAUAUACAAUUUCUGAAAGGCCAAAGCUAAUUGGUGUUCUGAAGAUACUUCCAUUGCAUCCAAAAACAAAUGUGUUUUAUGAAAAGCACUGCAGCUGAUUUGACCUAGAAUACAGAAACAGGAUUUGCUAUCAAGCUAGCCCAACACAAGUAGACUCUCAACUCUAUAGUGACCUAAACACUUAAGGCAGUGACUCAUACAGCAAAUUAUUGAGGAAACACUAGUCUCCCAUUAUCAUCUUCAUCUUCUUUGACGAUCACUCAUAGCUGAGUAAGAUUGUCUUCCAUAAACACAGUUUUAACAGUGAGUCCGUAAGUGACUGUGGAAGCCAAUUCUGGAUCCACAAGUCUUUCCACAGUGGGGACAUUGGUUUCCGGGCAGGAGUUGAUCACGGUGUGGAUCUGCCAAGCGUGCCUUCCUCUUAGCACGUUUGUCCCUUGCGUCCUGCAUUUGAGUGUCUUCAAAGCCUAUGACACCUUUGGUAAAGGUUGUUCUCCAAUUGGAGCACUCACAGGCAAGUGUUUCCCAAUUGUUGGUGUUUAUACUACAUUUUUUAAGAUUUGCCUUGAGGCAGUCUUUAAACCUCUUUUGUUGACCGCCAGCAUUAUGCUUUCCAUUUUUAAGUUCGGAAUAUAGUUGCUUUGAAAGACAAUAAUCAGGCAUCCGCACAACAUGACCAGUCCAACGAAGUUGAUGUUGAAGAAUCAUUGCUUCAACACUGGUGAUCUUUGCUUCUUCCAGUACACUGGUAUUAGUUCACCUGUCUUCCCAAAUGAUGUGUAAAAAUUUUCAGAGACACCAUUGAUGGAAUCUUUUGAGGAGUUGGAGAUGGCAUUUAUAAGUGGUCCAUGUUUCACAAGCAUACAGUAAGGUUGGUAGUAUAAUUGCUUUGUAAACAAGCAUUUUGGUUUCCCUGUGAAUGUCGCGGUCCUCAAACACGCUGCACUUCAAUUGGGAGAAAGCCUCGUUCACAGAGCUCAGGCAAUGCUGAAUUUCGGCAUCAAUGUCAGUCCUUGUGGAAAGAUAACUGCCCAGGUAGAAGUGAUCAACAUUUUCCAACGUUACACCACUGAGUUGGAUUUAAUCACUCUGAUGUUGCCAUUUAUUGAAGAUGUGAAAGACCUGGCCCCAUAUUGACUCAUGUCUACAAAGAGAUUGACCAGAAAAUCUCAACAAAACCAGCUAUCUUCAAAAAGCUCAAUAAAACUAGAAAAUAGCUUACUCCCCCUCACAUUUGUAAACUCUGUAAUGAUCCUCAGGAACGCAACAGGUCAAAACACCUCCUUUCAAACCACUCUAUUCCGAUCCCCCAAUCCACAUGUGAAAGAGAGUUUGGGGAGCCAUGUUUUCCAACAGCUCUUGCAUCUUAGAGGCUGCUAUUAAGUUCUAGGCAUCAGGGGAGCUGUGAAAUGUAAUUAUCCCAAGUGUCUUGAGUCCACAUCCUGGAGGACUCUGGUUUACAAGCUCUCUCGUGUUUUUUACUCAGCUGUUGGAGCACUGUAUGUGCCAGGGAGAGAGUCAAGCCUUACACAGAUCCAUCUAGAGCUCUUGCUGGGGUCAAACUACUGCCAAGUGAGUUUGGAAGAAGGAAAGGGAUGGUAAAAAGGGAGGGAAGACUGACUGACAGCUCUGGCAGGCUGUCCUACAAUAUAAGUCAGGCUCAAAUGCAGAAGGAUCCAAGUAUGGGGAAACUCCAGUUUGCCUCCAUCACAAGCAGGAAUAUGAUUUCCCAUCAUAGACAUCAAAACCUAUUGAACUGCUCCUGCAAAUGGAAUAGAUUUCACCCACAAUAUUCCUGUAUCUUAUAGCAAGGCAAGAAUUCUGACACUACACCUGCCAAAAAAAAAAAAGAAGAAGCUUGGAUAAGCAGCAACAACUGGUAUCCUCAGUGAGGAAACACGCACUGUAGCUGUUCCACAGCUGGGACAAUCUGGUCUAAUCCUAGAUACCAUUAACCUAGCUUAGCAUUUCAGCUACACUGAAAAUACACAAUAAAACUGAACACAUGAGGAAAUAUCUUUAUUGCAGUGGGUCAUAAGACUGGGCUAUACAGAAGUGUUCGCUUUCCCAGAAUAGUAGUAAUUAUUGUAAGAAUUGGACAUGAGUGACUGACAAUGUUUGCAACUGGGUAAUAAGGCCCCACAUUACAAGUAGGGCUAUGCCAUUUUUGGAAAUUGCUAAGAAACCUGUACACUACUAGGGAAAAACUGGCCAUGCACAUGCAAGUUCUGAACUGCAGCCAGUGCAUCUGAUUUGGGCCUUAACUUUGGUAAGAAUCCCAAAGAGAGCCAGUGUGGUGUAGUGGUUAAGAGCGGUGGACUCGUAAUCUGGUGAACCGGGUUCGCUUCCCCACUCCUCCACAUGCAGCUGCUGGGUGACCUUGGGCUAGUCACACUUCUCAGAAGUCUCUCAGCCUCACUCACCUCACAGAGUGUUUGUUGUGGGGGAGGAAGGGAAAGGAGAAUGUUAGCUGCUUUGAGACUCCUUCGGGUAGUGAUAAAGCGGGAUAUCAAAUCCAAACUCUUUUUCUUCUUCAAGUGUUCCGGAAGCCGCAGAAUUUACUGAUAUUCACUAACCUGUUUUCUAGAAUGUAUCCCAAGAAUAACAUUUCCUUUGCAAUUUCACCUUUGCUUUUCAGUGAUCCAGAUUCAAACUCUGUACAUACACACAUGCAGAUCACACACACACACACACACACCAGAAAGCCUGGACUGUUCUUCCCAUUCCUUCCCCUUUAACAAUCAGUGAUUUUACAUACAGACACAGAAAUCAAUGAGACCAUCAUAUGUACUAAGGACCUGAUUGAAGUAGAAAUUCCGAGUGCAUUCUUCCUGUCAAAGAACCCUCCAAUAUUAGUAAGUACUGUGAUUUUAUAAUUUUAAUUUAAAAAAACCAAUCCAUUCGGUCACUUUAACAUGAGGUAAUCCCCUUUAUUUUGGAUGUAUGAGUACCAAUGCAUAUUUAGCAACCACUGCAAGCACGCACGCGCACACACACACGGGCGGGACCCUGAAGUUUGUAGAACUGCAAACAAAAAAAUGGGGGGGGGCAGACCCAACAAGGAGGGUGGGACCCAAAGACAGCCCAAGGAGGACUGAGUUGCCAUGAAUGCUGACUGUUGUGUGUGGUGGUGUGGAGGUGAGAAUGGAAGGGCAUGGCUGGCCCCCUGAACAGGAAUACCCCACACUGCAACAUUUUGUUGUAGAUCUCAGUUGGGGGUUUUAUCUGGAUGCUUUCCUUUUUCCUAUUACAAUUCAAUAACCCAGAGGAGCUCAUAAAGAAUUGUGGCUAAUAGCCCAUUUCAUUGCCUCUAGUUUCUAGAACUGUAGCAUAAGGGAACAUUAUUUAUCCAGAUCUUAUCUGUAGAGAUCUUCCACUAUCUUCAUGGUCAUAUGCUUUAUAUUCUAAUUUUCUGCGAGUUGCCAGCCAGACAAUGAUAAAAUGUGAGCUGGUACAUUGCAGACUACGCCACAUCAAAAUAUUAGGGAAAUGCCAGGCCUUUCUUAGUGCCUUCAACCAUGAAGUAUUUUAGCCGUGCUUAGAAAAUUCAGGAGAAGUGCCUUUUGAAAGAGGGGUAGAUUUUUCUCAUGCUGCCGCUUUCUCUGUGUCCAACUCCUAAUGGGAUCAUAGGCUACAUCACACGAAUGGAUUUUCACUCCCCCCAAAAUUGUUACUGUCACAUGAUAGAAUGUACCUGUUGAUAGAAGGCAGGUUGGCACUUGGUAAGAUUGUAUCUUGAUGACUGUGAGUCCCAGAAGGCAAAGGAGGCAUUUUUCAUGCAAUAAUGCCAUGCUUCCAAGUAAAAUGACAGGUGUCAGGACCAAGGAUAUGCUGAUUAGCUAGGGCAACUGUAAACAUAAUCUAAAAUUGUGUUGAGAAUUAUAUUGUAAAAUUAAAAGGAAAAAGAAAGGUUUUUCCUUUGCAGGUCUCUGAUUUACACCUUAAUGACCCAGCAUGUCAUGGUACUCAAGUAGGAAACCUCUACAUAUUCAGCAUUAAGACCAACUUCACAGACUGCGGAACACGAAUGGUAAUAUGCAAAAGAUGUUGCUGUAGUCUUAUGACUUUUUACAUACCUUCUCUGUACACUGCAUUUAUCCUCUUGUGCCCUGCUUAUUUAGUAUACGAAAGAACAGCUUUUGAAGAAUGACAGAAUCUCACACACAUUAAAUUCUAUAUGGAGCUAAAUAAUCAUCUGCUUGGUCUCUAUUCAUAUUGUAAACUACAAAAACAUCAUUCCUGCCUUUUAGAAACUGAUUGAGAAUAGCCAAAACACCAAGAACCAGAUUCACAUGUGAAUCAUACAGAGGUGGCAUACGGUAGAUUUAUAUGCAGCUGUCAGGGCUGCCUCAAGUCUCAGCUCACAAAAGACCAACGCCUAUGUCUUCUUAUAUACAAAAGUGUUUAUUGCAGUUCAUUGUUUGCUUGACAUCCUAGGCGCGCAGCCCUACGUCUGCUACGCUUAGACCGCUGAAGUCCCCUCUGAAUCUGUCCCUCCCCUGCACCAGUUUAAGAGGCUUGUGCUGCUCCACCUCUUUCUCUCUUUCCUUUUCCGCAGGGUCCUUCUGCCCGCUGGGGUCUCGCCCCUCCUGGAUUCCUCUGACGCGGAAUCAGACUGCUCUUCCCCCCUCCUGCGGGCUUUGGGACCUGGCCCCUCCUCCGGGCUCCCUGUACUUCCGCGCGCCUCUACAUUUGAACUUGGCGCGCGCGCCCAGCCUCUAACCUUCCUUUCAACAGCUACACUACUCCCUUCACUGCUCCCCUCCCCUUCCGGGAGAGUGGCUUGCUCCGACCUCCCUCCUUUCUCUGCUGCCGGAGCCGCUUCCCCUGACACACUGAAACCUCCACCCCCUUCUCUGCACUCUGGCGGGGAGGCUGGUCCUGACACCCAGCUGCCACUUUGGGAUGUCCAGCUGGCCCCCUGCUCCUGACACGUCCCCCCUGGGGCUCCCCUGGGCUUGACCACCGGCGCCCCCUUCUGGGAAUCCUCUGAUUCGCUGGAAAGACUCAUGGAAUCUCUUGAGUCAUUGUCAUCCUCUUCCUCGCUGUCCUGGGAUUCAUCCCCAUCGCUGUCCAUCUCCUGCCUACCCUGUGCUUCUGUCCCUGAACCCCUGACAGCAGCUUUCAGCGAUUCUCAACCUGUGGGUCCCCAGAUGUUGUUGGACUACAACUCCCAUCAUCCCUGAGCUCUGGCCUUGCUAGCUAGGGGUGAUGGGAGAUGUUCAACAUCUGGGGACCCACAGGUUGAGAAAGGCUGCAACUUGAUUGUGUUUGCGGAAGUGUGUGUGUGUGUGGUGUUGCUUUUUAUGUAUUCCGUUUCUUACAUGUCUUUCAUGAUAAGGUCCCAGGACAGGUUACAUCAAUUUAAAAAUACAAUAUUAAAAACAGUUCAAAACAAGUUCCAUGAUACUAUUGGAUUCUAUUAUUUUAAGCAAAAACCAUUGGUUAAACAUUGGUCACCUUCACACCAUACAUUAAAAGACAUGACUUCCCUCAAAUAACCCGGGAACUGUAGUUUGCUAAGGGUGCUGGAAAGUGUAGCUGUGUAAGGGCUAAACUAGAGGUCCCAAGAUUCUUUGGGUGAAGCCAUGUGUUUUAAAUGUGCCUUAAAUAUAUUAUGUGGAUGUGGCCAUUCUAGGGUGGCAGAAACUAUACCAAUACUCAAAAUCCCCCAAGUGCAUUUGUGACUUAUCACAGUAUUUCACUACACAUCUGGGUUCAAGGACAGAAGCAGUCUGUAGAGGUCUCUAGUGCCUCUCCCCUCUCCCUGUCCCUGUUAUUACUUGUGUGAUCCUUAAUCUCUUUCUUUGAACUGGGAGAGCAGAAUGGCUAAGAACUGACCUGGGUCUGGGGCUCUGCUCAAUGGACCUUUGAUAAGACAUCAGUGAGGAUCUUCCUUUCCUUACUGGGUGCUCUAGUUCAGGCGUAGGUAAACUCGGCUCGCCAGAUGUUUUGGGACUACAAUUCCCAUCAUCCCUGACCACUGGUCCUGUUAGCUAGGGAUCAUGGGAGUUGUAGUCCCAAAACAUCUGGAGGGCCGUGUUUGCCUAUGCCUGCUCUAGUUGGUUAAGGAGCAAAGCUUCCAAGUCAGGAAGCACAGCUUCAGAGCAACCUUCAGUUCCCACUGCCACUACAUUAUUAUUUUCCUAUCAACUUAAGUUUGGGGACUUACUGGGAUAUUUUUGUGUUUUACUAACUUGUAGGAUUCUGAUGGUGCACAUAUUAUUUUCAUCAACACCAUACAGAACCACCUCUCUGAUAUAAUCACAAGAACUUUUAUCAAUAUCACAUUUGCCUGCCGAUAUCCUAUUAAUUAUAUGGUACAGCAACCUAAUGGAGAAAAUAAAAUCAGUGUUGAUAUCAGGUAAGCCUGUUGCCCUUGUUGUUUUCUGUAUACCAAUAUUGUGCCUGGAUUAGAAAUAGACAAAUCUGUAAAUUAUGGUUUCUCAUUUUUCCAAUUCAGUUAUCACCAUUUCCAGAUUAGUUUGUGAUUUAUUUAUUUUUAAAUCCACAUGGACACAUUUUGGCACACCAUUUCCCCCGAUAUAUGCAUUUUUGCAAGCAAUGUUCCCUAACAUGAUACAUUUCUGUAUUUCCCCCCACAAAUGCAAGCAUUUUUGUGUGCACUUUUCCAUAUCAUGCAAUAUUUGGGCAUGCUCUUUUGAUUGCAUAACUGCACUGUAAUGUUUGGAGAAGUGUGAAUUUUGAAAAGGAGCUGCAUUUUGGUACACAUAUUGUUUGGGGAAGUUCAAAUUACAUAUGUUCACAUUUAAAUACAAACUGAACUCAUUUCGUCCUCCAUCCCAAAUCUGGAUUAAAGUCACUUGAGAAGUAUGCAGGCAAUAUUGGGUUAAUCACUGCACUAAGUUAGCUGCAUAAAUAGUGUGCUCUGUUGAAGUUCCUUGAGACGAGUGGGGCUCUCUUGCUUAGAGCUCUUACUGUGUUUUCCAUAGCAUAGUUUCUGUGCAUGAAAGGCAGGCAUGCAUCUAGUUAGGACAAGCUUAUUGUUGGAUCACCAUACUUGGGAAACUUUCACUGGCUGAAAGCUUCUGCCUGUCAUGCAGCUGGUCCAAGUCACAGGAGCUUGCCAGAAAAAAAGUUGCAAAUUUACUUAAAAGGGUAUCAUCACCACUGGCUUCUAGAGCUGCUCCAUUCCUUGCAACCUGAUCCUAGGCAUUUGUGUAUAAUACUGAAGUACCAGUAUAAGAGCUCUGCAAUGCCAGUGUUGCAGUUUCCAUAGCUGGCCCAGGCCUCACCAUUAGGCUUCCCUAGUAAAUCAUGCACACGUGUGUGUGUGUGUGUGUGUGUGUGUGUGUAUAAUGAUGACAAAUUAUCAUGCAAAUUGUGUCAUUUCAACAUCUCCAUCAUAUCUAUUUGUCUUUGUUUGUGACAGGACCAUUACACUAAAUACAGAAGAUGGAAAUUUCUCUGUAUCAAUGAUGCUGUACAAAGACCAGCAUUUUGAAGACAUGUGGACUACCAUUCCCUUUCUGACUCUAGAGGACAACGUAUUUGUCAAAGUGAAAAUGGUACCUGGGGUUACUGAGUCCCUGAUGAAUCUGAGAGAUGAGGUGUUGGAUAGAUAGCAAAGGCAACACACCUUCAUCCCACCAGGCACAAGCCAAGAUACAUGGGGGGGGGGGGAGCAAAAGCAACACGAAUCUGAGAACAUUUUUGAAUGUUACUAUUUACUUGUGACUUACUUUAUUAUCAUCCAUUUGCAGGAGUGGGAUUGGGAGAUGAUAAUAAAAUACAUAAUUUUUUUAAAACAGAGAAUGAAUUUCUUAUCAAACAUACGGUUUCAGAUAGAUAGGCCAAUGGGAAUAGGGAUAUCAGGAGCAUUAGGGCUGAGAGCUAACAAUAUCCAAAUUAGAGAAGCUACAUUCACCCAUAGGCCUCAGCCUUACUGUUCAUGGAUAAAUCCUAACCAGGGGCCUGGGGAGGAAUGAAGCAGCAGAUCUACUUUACUGCUCUAGCACCAGCUAAGAGUGAAGGUAGAAGACCCCCCUCCCCAUUUUUUGCCAUGCCAGGAAAUGGUAUAACUCAGGGGCUUGAAAUAAGGCCCCUCAGGGGACAUGUGAGGAAUUGGAUCCAGGAGAACUAAAAUUGUUGGCACCCACCCGCUACUCCAAAAUGUCCUGAUUUGGAGCUUACCAUUUGCCACUGCUGGUGGGAGAAGCCAGCAGAGACAAACCUAUACCCCAUCCUAACACCACUCCCUAACACUGCUCAUCCACCAACCUUGUGGGUGGGGUAGGCACUCUUUUUCUGUGCAUGUAUUUGGGGAUGGGCAAUGCAGAAGAGAAAAUUGCUUGCAAUAAUCUGUAUCUCUGGGAGAAAGGUGCACUAAAAUACUGGUGGAUUUUUGCAAGGACUAAAAAAAAAAAGAUUUGCAAACUGAUGCAGAUCUGAUAUGCCAAGCUGAACUGAAGUCUGGAAAAAUACGAAACAGAGAGAACCCAAAAUUGACAACUUUGUCUAGCCCUAGUGACAGCUGCCUUCUAUUUGUACCCAGCAUCUAGUUGUCACGGUUUCUUGUUAGCGAUCAUGGCUGACAGUCAUUGUUAGGCUCAUCCUCCGUGUACCUAUCUAGUCCUUUUGAAAGUUACUGACUUAAGAAACAAGAACCCUGUUUAUGUUCUGUCUCUGCAUUUGGCAGGUCCCAGGCAACUUAAUCAUUAGGCUUGAAAACUGCUGGUCUACCCCAACGAAGGAUCCUGUUCAUGCUGUCCAGUAUUCUUUUAUCAGAGACAGGUUCGUAUCCCGCUUUGGUAAAAUGGACAACUCAUUCUGAAAACAUAUUGGGCUGAGCUUUCCAUUUCAUUUUAAAAACAAAGCAAAAUGACUGCUGUGAAGGGGAGGCUGACCAGAUGAAGUCAAAGCUGUGCUUCAAGAGUUGAGUGUAGGUAUUAUCAGCAUCAGACUCAUUGAUCUCAUUGUUGUUGAGAAUACUAGAACACACUCUGAGGGAGACUGUAAUGAGAAUGCUAGUAAUAACAAAAGGUUGCUUUGGUGAAUGGUGCUGAAUUUGACCUCUCCCCCUUACUGUUUCCUCUUCUCUUAAGCAAAUGAGCCAGAGGCUUAUUUUUCACAAAUAGCAGGUGCCUUUGCAUCCUUGUGCAGGCCCAUCUCUCUUUAUAUAACAAGUAAAUACAUGUUUGUCCAUAUGUGCCUGUACCUCUAAAGCUGUACAUGUAAACAGUAUGAUUUGAGUAAAUCAGCCUUGAACAAUGGCAGAAUCCAUAGCUUCAAUGGUAACCCCAAGUACUUUGGCAUAGAAGGUUUUUCUGACUUGUGAGGAGCAGGGAACCAUUGGUCACACUGAAAGGGCUGGUAAAAUGGAAAAAGAUGCCCAAUAUAGAUCUCUUUGAUGCAAGAAAUGCUCACAGUUGAAAAAGCAUUCUAAUAGUACUAUACUUUUGAGUCAAGUACUUUGCACUAAGACUAGGUUUUUUCUAGGUAGUCUAUCCAUAAUGUGUGUAUUCAUUUUUUGCAGAGAUGCCAGCUUUUGAUGUAAUCAUAUAUUUUUGGUUUUGUUCCUGCAUAGCUGCCCACAAUUUGUAAAAGAUGAAACCCUAUCAGUAAUAACAAAUGGAGAAGGCGAAGAAGCACUCUUCAGGAUCCAAAUGUUCAAAUUUGUUGGCAUCGCAUACAACCAUGUUUUCUUACACUGCACAGUUCAGAUUUGUCAUGGCACAACAGCUGCUUGCAAACCAGUAAGCUGAUUUUUUUACAGGAAAAUUUCACAUUCAAAUUUUGAAUUAAAACUUUGCAUUUUGCACUCAAAGUUGAGGCUAUUUUUGUUCUGGUGUGUUACUGUAAAAGGAAAUGAAAAGAAAAUGCUAAAGAUGGUAUUUCCUUCUAGCAGCUGGACUCUGAAUGGAAGGGAGCCUGGCUGGGGGGAAAUGAUUGGGGAGACUAGCUGUGAGGCAGAAAGAAGCACACAAGAUGUUUCAAUAGAAGCCCUUGUCUGCACAUCGCUAUUGAAGCCCCCUCAUUGGUCCUUCAGAGUCAAGUAUUUUCUGUUGUGCUGUUCCACUUCAAUCCAUGUGUUUCUGGAGUGUGUCACACAUGAAUAUUCAUCACAUAUCACUUCAUCAUUUUGUGGCAACUUUAAGAAAUGAACGAGCUAUCAGAGUACAGUACUCCGAAAGGGAAAGUCAUCUUGAGAUUAGAGUUAACUGUAGGAAUGCUUCAAGAAAAAUAUGUUAAUGUGUGCAUUUAACAGAUCCUGAUAUGUCAAAGCUAAGAAAUUGAAAGUUUUUUGCAGCCGCCAAUGAAGGCGAAUUCUUAAAAAAAAAAAAGCUGACUGAACAAUUGAUUAUCAGAAGCACUGGAGCUCAUUUUUUUUAUCUUCCUCUGUGCUUUUUCCCUCUUGCUACCAGAGCUAUCGCUGCAGAUAAAACUAUCAUUUCAUAGCUUUAAUUGCAGCCAGCUCAUACAGCUACAGGUUAUCAAAUAAUGAGCAUGGGUGUAUGACUCAUCCAGUCUCUUUCUAUCAGAGCUGGAAUGAUCCAAUCAAUAUCCAGCAUCACUAUUUAUUAAGGCAGUACUGGAAGCCUCCUGGGUUUGUUUUCCUGACCCAGAGUCUGUGACUUGGGAAGAUCAGAAUGGUUUCUGGAGUUGAGACAGAGAAGAGGUGGUGGAGGAAUUCCUGUAAUCUGGCAUACAAGGAUUGUUGUGGCUUCCUCCCCUUCCUGAUUUGGAAGGUUACAACAGAGCAUGCAAUUGUCAGCGGGGAGUUUGGGGUUGGGUGGAGAAGGGCUAUGGACGAUAGUGCAUGUACUGCUUUUACAGAUUCCUGAACCACAGCCUUUCAAACACACAAUGCAGUGUCAUAGGAACAUAUCUGAAAAAGUGCUCAGUCCCAAUGGCAAUAUAACUAGGUGACCUUUACUGGCAGUCAACUAGCAAAUUAUCUCUGCACUUAAAGCAGGGCUUUUUAACAGCUUUUUUAACAGAUUUAACAGAAACAGUACAAUAUCCUGUUUCAGAAUGAUACUGUUCCUUAAAACUGCAUCUCAGUCAUCAGCUGGUAGGUGACUGAAUAGUAUCCUUGUGAAUUAUUUUAGAAAAUAGAUGCUUCUACCUUAGCAGCAAUUGUCAUUGUUCUGAAAAAACUCCAGAGAAGGAUUUAUUUUCCUAGUGCUAUAAUGAAAAUGUCACUAUACUUAUAUACUGAGAAAGGACAAAAUGAAAUCUGAAGUCAGUGUGAUGCCUUGGAUGGAGACAGUUAUAAUAUCAGAGGCUAGCACUAGAUGGCUUAUAAAACAGUUCAGACCAAUAACAACGGUGACUCUUAUGCAAACAAGCCCCAUUCAGUUCAAUUUAAGAGUCUACAGUGUAUGUAGAAUGAGAGCUUUCUACAGAGUAGUAGUGUAGAGUUCCAAAAUAGUGAGUCAUGUGGCUCAUAGGGAGUUUUCUGGUUAGUUCACUGUGGGACUUAUUACUUGCUUGCUCAGAAAAGAGAUGUGUAAAAAAAAUAGGAGGAGACAUUACAUCUCAAAUUCCUACAUAACAUAAAAGGAAGAAAUGCUGUUCUGCUAUUCCUUCUGGUUUCCAUGUUGAGCAGUUUCUUCUGCAGUAAACCUUCAGUUCAUCCACACACCCCUCUUUCUCUCUCUCACACGCGCACACACAAUGCUUAACUUCCUCUAGUCAUACCCAUUGCCAUCUUCUUCCUACUUCCCUUUGGGGAUGGGCUAUAGCUCAUAGUUAGAACAUAUGUUCUGCAUGCAAAAGGUCCCAGGUUCAAUCUCUGGUACCUCAAGUCAGGACUGGGAAAGACGUCUGCCUAAUACCUUGGAAAGCCACUGUCACUCAGUGUAGGGAGUACAGAGCUAGAUGGGCCAAUGGUCUGACUUGGUAUAUAUAUGUAAGGUUGCUACCUAUGUUCCUAUAGUGGAUAGAUUGCAAGAGAUUGGUGGGUUACUCAUCUUUAUGAUUCUAAUAGUCUGGCAUGGUGUGUUAAGCAACUUUAUGAUUGAACAUUCAUACAUGUCCCUGCAUAUCACCCUUCAGUACUUGAGUUGGAAAACUUUGGCAAUGUACUUAUUAGUUUGUUAGACACCCUAAAUUCCUGGCUCCAGUAGGUGUUAUCAAGCCGCCUGAACCCCUGGAUCCAGCAAGGGUUAAAAUCUAAGCCAGGCCAGUCUCCUGAUGUGGCAACUGGCUGGGAGAUUAAGAAAGCAAAAGGAAGGUUGUUUUUGUUUAGUCAUUUAGUCGUGUCUGACUCUUCGUGACCCCAUGGACCAGAGCACGCCAGGCACUCCUGUCUUCCACUGCCUCCCGCAGUUUGGUCAAACUCAUGCUAGUAGCUUCGAGAACACUGUCCAACCAUCUCGUCCUCUGUCGUCCCCUUCUCCUUGUGCCCUCAAUCUUUCCCAACAUCAGGGUCUUUUCCAGGGAGUCUUCUCUUCUCAUGAGGUGGCCAAAGUAUUGGAGCCUCAGCUUCACAAUCUGUCCUUCCAGUGAGCACUCAGGGCUGAUUUCCUUAAGAAUGGAUAGGUUUGAUCUUCUUGCAGUCCAUGGGACUCUCAAGAGUCUCCUCCAGCACCAUAAUUCAAAAGCAUCAAUUCUUCGGCGAUCAGCCUUCUUUAUGGUCCAGCUCUCACUUCCAUACAUCACUACUAAGAAAACCAUGGCUUUAACUAUACAGACCUUUGUUCGCAAGGUGAUGUCUCUGCUUUUUAAGAUGCUGUCUAGGUUUGUCAUUGCUUUUCUCCCAAGAACAAAAGGAUGGUAAUAGCCCAAUAAGAAAGCUAUGGAGAAGGGGUCUGUGCCAGAAGGCAAGUGGGCAGGGCCCCUCCUCCAACUCCUAAAUAGAUAGUGAGAAGACAAAGGCAGAGUUGGAAGUAGAGUCUUUAGAGUUGGCUGUGACAUGACCAAGGGAGAAAAGUUAGAGAGCUAUGGCUGAUAUUGAUGACAUCCAAGGCUGUAGCUAUAGGAGAAACAAGACCAUUUUGGGGUGUUAAUGUUGUGGGCCCAUCCAUUGCAGGCUCGGGUUCUAUAUAUGUGUAAAGGACCCAUAUAAAGACACUAGUUUUCGCAUUGUCUCAUAUCCAAAAGGACACACAGAACCUAGAACCCCUGGAAUCUUGUAGGUAAGAAAAGGUAAAGGGCCCCUGGAUGGUUAAGUCCAGUCAAAGACAAUAUGGGAUGCGGUGCUCAUCUUGUUUCAGGCCAAGGGAGCCGCCGUUUGUUCAGACAGCAUUCUGGGUCAUGUGGCCACCAUGACUAAACUGCUUCUGGCGCAACGGAACACCAUGACAGAAGCCAAAGCGCACAAAAACGCUGUAUAGCUUCCCAUCACAACAGUACUUAUUUAACUACCGGUACUUGCACUGGCGUGCUUUCGAACUGCUAGGCUGGCAGAAGCUGGGACAGAGCAAAGGGAGCUCACCCCGUCAUGGGGAUUCGAACCACCGACCUCCUGAGCAGCAAGCCCAAGAGGCUCAAUGGUUUAGACCACAGCGCCACCCACUCCCAGAGAUUGGGGUGGCAUGUAACAAUACCUUUUAUUCUGAUUGGCAAAUUAUAUUCUAAGUAGCCUUUUACCUAACCAAAUGGGAAUUUACUUGUAAUCCUAGGGUUUCUUAUUGUGCACUACGGUACUUUGAUAAUCACUUUAGGCUCACACAUAUUUACUAGUUUGCAUUUUUUCUAGAACUGCACAGAUGACAGUCUGACCAGAACUAAAAGAGAAGUCCCACCCUUUUCUAGUCACAUGGUAUCUUAUGGCCCUAUAAAGCGAAAGGUGGCAGAUAAUGAAGAGACUAAUGUUGGUAAGUGGCUAAAAAAGUGCAUGCCUUAAAAUAUAAAUCUUCAAUAGAGUUACAGAGAACAAUAGUGGUUCUCUUUUGCAGCAUGCAAAUGUCCAAUCUAGUAGAAUAAAGAUAAUGGAUGGAAUUCAACAUCAUGCUUGAUGAACAUCCUCCCUAAACAAGCUUUUCAACUUACCAGACAGAACCACCCACAUUCCCACCCCCGUGCACUGUUUUGGGGGGAUGUGGGGAGGAGAUGGGGGGAAACCUUAUUGAGUAAGCAGAAACCUUUGUGCAAAAAUUGAAAAACAUCAAUUAAACAACAUCAAUUAAAAAUCCUAAGGCUAAUAAUAUAAGAAGUGGUUCAUCCUCCAUUCCCAGAAGAAUGACUUUAAACACACUGAAAACUCACCUAAGUGACUGGCCAGUAAAUGUGUAUGUCUGCAGGUUCCGUAUUCAGCAUCUCCAGGGAAGGCGAGUCGGCAAAGACCUUGGCCUGUGAUCCUGAAGAGCCAUUUCUAGUCAGAGUAGACAAUACACUGGGCUAGAUGGACCAAUGAUGAGCACAAUGCAACUUCAUGCAUUUGUAGCAAACAUCUCAGAUCAGGAUAUUCCCCUCUUGCUGCCAUCUGGUGCAGAUGAAAUCCACGUUGCUGCUCUGUUUAAAGCAGCAUGCAAAUGCAAUUCAAAGUUUUAUAAUGGUUAACAUUAUUUCACACAUUAGAUUUGGUGCGAAAGUAUUAACUUUUCUGGAAAUCGUUCUGCUUUCUUUCAGACAGAGGAAAACUUCUACCAGUAGACAUUUUGAUCCUUAGUGGAAUUCUGAUGGCUGUACUGGUGACAACUGUAGUUUUUGGAAACCUUUUUCUUCAGUCACGGAGGACCUACCCUACUAUGCAAGCACAACUAACAAUGUCCCGUUUUCUCAACUCUGAAGUACCAUCAUGA